GUCCGCGUUCGGUGCUUGGGACUGGCCUAGGUAGGCAUCUGCAAGGUCGUAAUAGACAGUAUAUCUUCGUCCUAAUAGUGCUUCGGGCAUCGGCUUUACUCAGAGUUCUAGCUUAUUCUGGGAUUCUUACCGAUUUAUCGGUCCAACGUGUGCAAAGCACCUUGGGGUAUUAUCCAUGAAUUGGGUUCAUCCACUCUGGAACUGGGGACGAGAUUCUACUAGUACUCUGGUGUUCACCGAAAAUAUUCGGCAAUCCGGUGGGAUUACAUACCUGACUACCCCACACCGGCCAGAAGAACCGACGCAAGCAACUAUCCUAGCGUUCCAUUUUUAAAUUCAAAUCCAGUAGGCAACUUAUCUCUCUCUCUGAUGCAGCCCCAACCUCUCAUCAGACCCUAAGCACUGCAAACAUCCCAGCCACUUCAACCUCAUCGCCAAGACUUCCCGCCAAGACUCAAUCCCCAACCUCACCUCAACCUCACACCGAAACCACCACCACCACCGACAGUCCAACAAAAUUAUGGCCGGCGGACACCACCGAGAAGGUAACCAACCCCCCCCUUUUCUCCCAUUCUCCUUCUUCUCUACUAGCAGGAUAAAAUCGCUAACAAACAGCCAACAGCCCUCCAACAGGACCCCGCAUUCACCAAAUACUCCAGUCAGUCUCCCUCGCCCAGUAGAGCCUUAUCGGGUACUGACCACCAACCCCACAGACCUAAACGCGAACCGUUACAAGUACUUCAGGUGGAAUGCUCGCACUGCUAGGAUAAACUUUAUUUACGCUAUUGUUAUACCUAGUGCGAUACUGACACUGGCGUAUAAGACUGAGGUUUGUGUCCCAUGCCGCGCACGCCUAUCAUCUGGAGGGGAGGGGGGGGGGGUCAGAAAUAGGGCAAGAGCUGAUCAACACCCACGCCAGGGGAAAUACAACUUUCGUGGCAAACGGCGCGGCGAUAUUCCACAGGAUUUCUAAGUCCGAUCCGAACGGAGGGGUUGUAUAAAGGGUACGGUGGGAGAGGCUGGGAUGAAAAAAUUGAUGGAUGAGCAAAUGCACCCCUACUGAUAUACCAGUACCCGCUCUUGUCAGACGCAAUUACGCAAUCCAGUUUGCGGGGGAAAAAGAGAAAGAUAGCUUAGGCGUAUCAUACAUAGUCUAAUUUAUCGCAUUUUUUUCCCCUACCGUAUGAGAAGAAGGGGAGGAACACCU